AGGAACUAUUUAUCAACGAUGACCAUGUAAUAACUCGCAGUUAUCUGUUAUAAAGGUAUACAACAUCUAUCUGUUAAUCAGUUACAAUGUUUCCAUUGCGGCUAGUACUUGUUUUAUCAGUGGCCAAUUAUGGCUCAUGCAUUCCCCAGCCAUACGACUCAAUAGUGGUGGGAAUGGGCUCCGCUGGGGUCACGGCAGCCACAAUACUGGCUAAAGCUGGCAAGCGAGUGCUGGGCUUAGAAGCAAUGGAUCGAAUUGGUGGAAGAGUGAAGACAGUUCAAUUUGCAGGCGGUAUUAUUGAAGAGGGGGCUGAAUGGAUUCAUGGAACACAAAACAGCCGCGUAUAUGAUUUAGCUAUUCAGAAUAAUAUUACAGUUGUACCUCAGGACUUUGAUUUUCUUAUUUUCCGCUCAGAUGGAAACCAAACAUUGAUGCCAGUUUAUUACGAACUUUUUAAUUACUGCUUAGAGAAGUCGGAAUAUAGCACUAAUAUAUCGUAUGAGAGUACUGGUGAUUAUUUGACAGCUGAAAUAAUAUCCUAUAUAAAAAAGAACCACCCAUACUUGGAACAUGACAAGCAAUUCAUAGAUGAAUUUUUGGAUGUCAUGAAUCUCUUCAUAAAUGCAUAUGAAGCGUCAAAUGACUGGCAUGACGUCACCACAAGGUCGACAGCUGAAGAACUUGGUGGACAUUUGCACACGAGCUGGCAUAAGUAUGGAUAUAAAACCUUUUUUGAGUUAAUGCUGAACACAUAUAACAAUGGACCAGGCCUACAAAAUUUGGACAUAAAGUUAAAUACUGAAGUGACUAAAAUCAUAUGGCCAAAAGACAUAACCGGUGAGGUUACAGUUGUUUGUGCAGAUGGACAAACAUACACAGCAAACAAUGUUAUAGUAACCGUUUCAUUAGGAGUGCUAAAAGAAAGAUACGACAUUUUCCAUCCUCCUCUACCCAAAGACAAAAUCAUAGCCAUAGAUAAAAUUGCAUUUGGGGUUGUCAAUAAAAUAAUCCUUAUCUUUGAUGAAGCUUGGUGGCCCAAUCGUUUGUAUUUUCCAUACAUAUGGUAUACUAAAGAUAAAGUAAAUUUAUCGGAAAGUGAUCUGUGGUUGUCUCAAAUACGUGGGGCGAGUACAUCGUUAGCUUGCAAAAACUCGCUUACUCUAUGGACAACUGGUUAUGUUGGCAAAAAGGCAGAGACAUUGACAGAUGAAAUAGUUCAACAAAAAUCUAUAGAGUUAUUAAGACGCUUCAUGGGAAAGAACUACACUAUACCAGAGCCUAAUGGAAUUUUGAGAUCGAAAUGGUACUCCAACCCCUUUUUCCGUGGCAGUUACACCUACGACAACUUAGAGACCCCUAAAUACCCUAAAGCUAGGGAGAAUUUAGGAGCUCCACUAUUAGACGCUAGUGGGACCCCGAGAGUGCUAUUUGCAGGUGAAGCGACGAAUCCCUUACAUUAUGGUACCGUCCAUGGUGCAAGUGAGACUGGCUAUAGGGAGGCAAUGAGAUUAUUAAAUGCCUAAAGAUUGUUUCUUAAAAUAAAUUAUAUUCAAAAUAAAA